AUGACCAUGCCGCCUCACAUCCACCUCAGCUCCUUCAUAUCAGUAUCGUGCGACGAAGACAUGUUCACCCUGCCGCCGCGACUCAACAUCAUCCCAGCUGUCUCCCGGAACCCCUUCAGCACAGCUUAUUAUCGUGCCCAGGAGCUCGCUCUCGAGCAGGAGGAUGCUCCCUACCGCACCUAUCAGCUCGCGUGCUACGCGGCGCGACCGCCUCGGCCGCCGACCACCCGGCAUGCUGUCGCCGCCACCACGAGGCAACGACCCGCGCCAAAGAGAGGGAACGGAAAAUCGCCCUGGCGCGCCAUGACUCUGGUUCUGCGGCUUUUGCUGGGCUUGCCCUUUGCAUGCUGGAUAAUGGUCUCGAGAGCCGGAGCUGAACUCGGCUGCAAUGUCAACCGCGCGGCCGAUAAUUUGCGCUUCUGUUGGCCGACACAGAUGAUGGGCCGCGAUACGUGCUAG